AUGGGUCGUGUUAUUCGCAACCAGAGGAAGGGUCGCGGCUCUAUCUUCACCGCGAACACUCGCCUCAACAAGGCUCCGGCCAAGUUCCGCACCUACGACUUCGCUGAGCGCCACGGAUACAUUCGUGGUGUGGUCAAGGAGAUCAUCCACGAUGCCGGUCGCGGUGCACCUCUCGCCCGCGUCGUUUUCCGCGACCCAUACCGAUACAAGUUGAACACCGAGACUUUCAUCGCCAACGAGGGCAUGUACACCGGCCAGUUCAUCUACGCCGGCAAGAACGCUUCGCUCACCAUCGGCAACGUCCUCCCACUUGGCUCCGUCCCGGAAGGUACCGUUGUCAGCAACGUGGAGGAGAAGAUUGGCGACAGAGGUGCGCUCGGCAGGACAUCUGGAAACUAUGUGACUGUCAUCGGCCACAACCCAGAUGAGGGCAAGACCCGCAUCAAGCUCCCAUCAGGCGCCAAGAAGGUUGUUAAGAGCUCCGUCCGUGGCAUGAUUGGAAUUGUCGCUGGUGGUGGCCGAACCGACAAGCCUCUCAUGAAGGCUUCGCGCGCCAAGCACAAGUUCGCUGUCAAGCGCAACUCGUGGCCCAAGACYCGUGGUGUUGCCAUGAACCCCGUCGACCAUCCUCACGGUGGUGGUAACCACCAGCAUAUCGGUAAGGCCUCGACCAUCUCCCGUUACGCCGCACAAGGUCAAAAGGCCGGUCUCAUUGCUGCGCGGAGAACGGGUCUCCUGCGUGGUACCCAGAAGACCAAGGACUAG